CGUUGUCAUCGCCAGAUGAACAACGGCGGCGAUGCAUCGCAGUGCAACGUGCGAUCUAAAGUGCUUCGUGUGCUCAUGUUCUUCGUACUUCACGCGAUGAAGGCUAACCAGCGCGACACCACUGUGUAGCUACAUUCUGCCCCGGAUCGCUUGGCAGUUGUUCUCCUCCUCGCUAGCUCUCCGCGCAGGAUUCCCGGCUUGCACUCCGGAGCUGUAAUGUCUUCAAACCGGCCGUGACACACCGAAUAAUACUUUAUUACGCCCAAUAACAUAACGUUACUAUCUAGAGUACUAACGUGAGUUAGUUGUUGACACCUUUCACUGUCUGUGUAAAACCUGACAGACUUCCAAAAAAAGUAACGGCCGGGGGCCCACGUCGUGGUGUCAUAUGUCCCUGGCUCAGCUAAAUAGGAACCUGUUUGAUUUGUGGCAGGCACUGCUGCCUCGCUAUGUUUAGCAGGGAGACCCGUCACAUUCCGGGACAUGCUCUAUGAAGGUGAUGCUUGCACGUAACAGGCUUAACAGUUUAAAGGUGCAGUGUGCGAGAUCAGGCCAAGUUCUCCACGCCAGUAGAGGGCAGCAUUUCACCUUUACUCCUUUUCUGAAAGCAUUCCCGGGAUCAUUUCCUAGUUUAUCAAACCGGAUGUUAUGGACUCAUUAGUCCUCAUCUGAUGCACCUGUAGGUGUCAGCCAAUACACGCCAACGUGGGAUGAACCCAUCACACAGGGAAGCAGAGGGCUUCAAAGAGCAAGGCAAUGCCUUUUACAUCAACAAGGAUUAUGCAGAAGCCUUCAAUUAUUACUCCAAGGCCAUAGACAUGUGUCCGAAGAAUGCGAGUUACUAUGGAAACCGGGCAGCCACGCUAAUGAUGUUGUAUCGGUACAGAGAGGCUUUAGAGGAUUCCCAGCAAGCAGUACGCCUAGAUAACGACUUCACGAAGGGCCAUCUGCGAGAGGGCAAAUGUCACCUGUCCCUUGGCAACGCUAUGGCUGCAAGCCGCUGUUUCCAGAGGGUUCUGGAGCUGGAUCCUGACAACAGCCAGGCCCAGCAGGAGCUAAAGAAUGCGGACUCAAUCCUCGAAUACGAGAGAAUGGCAGAGAUUGGCUUUGAGAAGAGAGACUUCCGGAUGGUUGUCUUCUGCAUGGACCGCGCCUUGGAGGCCGCCGCCGCCUGUCACAGGUUCAAGAUCCUGAAGGCCGAGUGCUUAGCCCUGCUGGGGCGCUACGCCGAGGCUCAGUCUGUAGCCAGUGAUAUCCUGCGGAUAGAUUCUACCAACGCAGAUGCACUGUACGUGCGUGGUCUGUGUCUGUAUUACGAGGACUGCAUUGAGAAGGCUGUCCAGUUCUUCGUCCAGGCCUUGCGCAUGGCUCCGGACCACGACAAGGCUCGGCUCGCGUGCAGAGAUGCCAAAGCACUAAAAGCCAAGAAGGAGGAGGGGAACAAGGCGUUCAAGGAGGGAAACUAUGAGGCGGCCUAUGAGCUGUACUCUGAAGCACUAACAAUAGACCCCAACAACAUCAAGACUAACGCCAAACUGUACUGUAAUAGGGCCACUGUGGGAUCUAAGCUGAAGAAACUCGAGCAGGCCAUUGAAGACUGCACGAAGGCCAUUAAGCUGGAUGAGAGCUACAUCAAGGCCUACUUAAGGAGAGCACAGUGCUACACGGACACAGAGCAGCACGAGGAGGCAGUGCGAGACUACGAGAAGGUUUACCAGACGGAAAGGACCAAAGAACACAAGCACCUUCUGAAACACGCCCAGCUUGAGUUGAAGAAAAGCAAGCGGAAAGAUUACUACAAAGUGCUCGGGGUGAACAAGAACGCCACCGAAGACGAGAUCAAGAAAGCGUACCGCAAACGGGCCCUUCUACAUCACCCAGAUCGUCACAGUGGAGCUAGUCCCGAGCUGCAGAAGGAGGAGGAGAAGAAGUUCAAGGAGGUGGGCGAAGCCUUCAGCGUGCUUUCAGACCCAAAGAAGAAGUCCCGCUAUGACAGCGGCCAGGACCUAGAGGAGGACGGCAUGAACAUGGGAGCAGAUUUCGAUGCCAACAACAUUUUCAAGACAUUCUUUGGGGGCCCAGGAGGUUUUAGUUUCGAAGCAUCUGGUCCGGGGAAUUUCUUCUUCCAGUUUGGUUAACUGGAGGAUUAGAGGUCCACCUAAACCGUUACUACAUCAGGACUUUUCAACAAUGUCACACCAACCCGACCCACCAUCCAUAUUUAAUGACUGAAUGCAAGUCAGAACCCUGUCUAUGCCAUUGACUGAAUGAACCAAUGACCACAUGCAAAUACUGUUUUAAAGCCCUAAACGAGGACGCCGCGACGGCACAGACUGAGUUGAAAUAGAAUGAAACAAACUUUAAAGUCAGUAAUGUCCAGCAACCGAGGUCCAAAAUAUGAUCUGGACUUUUGCCAUGGCAGAGAUGGCGCAGUUAUUGUAUCGGAGCUUUGAGGAAUCCGAGCAGGAAGGGACAUCCUGGGGAAACUCCUGAGAUGCAACUGAGCAUUGAGCACCUCGUCUUAACUUGCUGCUGAGGUGAAGAAUUCUCUGCAUGAAAGCUAAGAACUUUUUUUUUGUUUUGUUGGAAGAAUAGCUCUUUGCCAGUGGCAUCUACCCCAUUUGAAGAAUGUGACCGACAGACAGUUGGCUGCUACGAGUUCACACUGCAAACUGCCUCCUUGCCAUAAGCCAACAGGAGCGCUUCAGCAUUUUUUUAAAUUGUAUUAUUUCACAACUUGAAGCUGGAGCCGAGACCUUCAUUUUCAUCACAGCUGAAGCCCAUUAGAAAGAUGCCAGUGGAGGCAGCUGUGCUGGCAUUGUUGCCAGCACAGCUGCCUCCUCCCUUAUCAAGUUUUUUUUAUUGUCACCAUUCAGAGUUCUCCGUUGUACAUUUUACUGGAAUUUCAAGUGUUGAUUUGUAAUGGGGGUUUUUUUCUAUUCUUUUUUUUAUUUUUACAAUGUGUAUUUAUUGUAAAUUUGCUGUCUGAUAGAGAAUCGUCUGUGUAAGAUGACGACGCCUUUCUGUUAUUUAAGAGUUUGCGAGAGACGGUGACGAUUAGCAUCCUUUUGGAUACACAUUUCGGAGGAUAAUUGUUUAGCUUGUUCUGCAUGAAACCCUGCAGAAAGGGAUAAUGCUUCGUGGGUUCUCUGACUGUAAUGCAAGCGUCCUAGUUUGAGUCAACAGAUAAGCAAAAGGACAGAUUAGCUGGGUUCGCUGGUGUCCAAGUUAUAGGGUGAUGGAAACAUGCUAAUGCUCGCUUCACUUCCGGAUGAGUUCCUUGUUCUCUUGGUGGACGUCAUGAAGAAAAGAAAAGCGUCUCCAUCUUUGCUCUUAUUGCUUUCGCCCUUAUGGUGAAACCCUCCUCUCUCUCCUUGAAAAGUACCAGCCGUGUCAAUAAAAUAGGUCUCCUCUGGGUUUCCCCUAAA